AUGUCCUACUACAACCAAGGCUACCAACCACAGCAGCAAGCCGCUUCUUCGGCCCAGAAUCUACAGUUCUUCAGCUCGUCGUAUGAUGCCGUAUCGGGGCACACCACGCCCUCACAAGCAAGCUACGGCGGCUACACAGGCGGCGCUGCGGCGGCGUACCCGCCCGCCUAUGGCGCUUCAGGGCCUUCGGGCUUCGGUGGUGGGCCGGGCGUGAGUGGACGCAUGGGCGAGCAGGGCGGCCUGCGCACCGGGUGGCUGGCAGCGUUUGGCACCGAAGGCUACGAUGGCGAGCCCAGUCUGAUGGAGGAGCUGGGGGUGAAUUUCGGGCAUAUUAAGACAAAAACGGUCGCGGUGCUGAACCCCCUCUCCCGCCCCUCCCCACACAUUAUGGACGACAGCGAUCUCUACGGUGGCCUGCUGUUCCUCAUCCUCUACGGCACCUUUCUGGCAUUGUCGGGAAAAUUCUUCUACGGGUACAUCUAUGGGAUCGCCCUGUUUGGCAGCAUCGCGCUACACUGGAUCUUUGCGCUCAUGACUCCGCCAAUGGACCCUUCCGAUCCUGGGCCGGACCACAUGGCGCAGGGCCAGCGAGACCAUGCUGCCUCGGGUGCACAUGGCGGGCAUUUCUCAUCAACACUGACUUACAGCCGGUCCGCCAGUGUGCUGGGGUACUGUUUCUUGCCGUUGGUGUUUACGUCUUUGAUGGGCGUAGCUGUGCCGAUGGACAGCGUGCUGGGGUAUGUCCUGACGGCCGGAGCGGUGGGUUGGUGCACGUUCUCGAGCUCGGGAAUGUUUGUGAGCGUCGGACGGAUGAGCGGCAUGCGAGGCUUGGUGGCAUAUCCCCUGGCGCUGUUUUAUUCGGGGUUCGGGAUCAUGGGGAUUUUCUCGAGUAGAGGCACGGGUAUGUUGGAGGGCAAGGUUCUCUAG